UCGCGUACUGAUAUUGCUCUACGUCUCCGAAAUGCCAAAGAAGUGCCUAAUGAAGUGACAUCAAGGAACACUGGGUCCUCGAUGGCACAAAGGAAAAGUACCACGUCGUAAAACUAGCUCUUUGUUGCCAAAAGGAAGUGCCUAUACGAGGAAGACUGGGUCCUCCUCUUGGGCACGAAGGAAAAGUGUUGUCCUGAACUAGCGCUGCGGUACUAAGGAAAGUGCCUAAGAUGAACACUUGGUGCUCCUCGUAGGCACAAAAAAGAAGCAUCAUGUCUUGGGAGCGGUGCACAGAGGCGAGUGUUUAUAAAGGCCGCGUCACACUCAGCCGAUUUUUUUUCACCGAGUCCAACUGGAUGAUUCGGGAACAAAUUCGGCUGUGACGCGGCCUUAAGUUAUUGCACUCGACAUCUUUUCGACGGUCUCCUCGAACUCUGCCGCAUUCUGCCAGACACCGCAUGAUGCUCCCAAAUUGCUGUCCGAACUUGAGCCGCACCGCAGCUCGGUGGGAUUCAGGAACAAACUCGGCCACGCGUGACGCGGCCUUUAGCAGGAGAAGGACGGCCCGGCGAAGGUUGGCCCGGCGAGUGACGAAACGCGCCGACGUGUGUAUAAAAGACGCCGCGGCGCCGCUCCACUCCACAACACAGCAAGGCAGCGGCCCUCCACCACCUCCUCCACCUGCACUUCCAGCAUCAUGACGUCCCUCCAGGUCGUGCUCUUCUUCGCCGCCGCCGCCGCCCUGGCCGCCGCCGCGCCGCGCCCUGACGGCCCCCCUUCCUACGGGCCGCCGGCCCCACACUACAAGGAGCCCGGCAUGCCCUUCGACUUCGCCUACGCCGUCAAGGACGACUACACCGGCAACGACUUCUCCCAGAACGAGAGCAGCGACGGUCACGUGACUAAAGGCUCCUACCAGGUGCUGCUGCCCGACGGCCGCCGCCAGAUUGUCACCUACACCGCCGACCACGACGCCGGCUUCUUGGCCGAUGUGGCCUACGAGGGCGAGGCCACCUACCCCGCCGCCCCCGCCUACGGGCCCCCCGCCCCCCCCGCCUACGGGCCCCCCGCCCCCCCCGCCUACGGUCCCCCCUCCUACGCCUAAGCCUUCCUGGCACCCCCGUCCCCUAGUCCCGGCCAAAAUGCUCAUGUGAAUAAACUGAAUAACCAUAUCCACCAACCUGUUCCUUG